AUGCCAUCACUUUCUCUCUUCUCAGCUGGCUCUAACGCCCAAGGGCAGCUAGCAACAGGUAGCGUCGCCGACGCGUACUCCUUCGCCCCAGCAAUCUUUCUCAGAGCUCAACAGGCAGGCGCACUACCACCCGGAAGCUUAGGGAUCUCACAAAUCGCAUGCGGUGCCAAUCACACUCUGGUUCUCAUCGCGUGCGAAGACUCUGCGGAGAGGGAGCUCUGGGGAAGCGGGGACGGGCGCAGAGGCCAGCUCGGACCCUCCUUCUGUGCCGCUUCGAAGACAGUACAGGGGGAGCAGACAGAGGUGGAUAUGGGCCCACUCCCGGUCUUCCGACGGCUGGACCUGCAGCUCGAGGGCGGUGCGCGCGACCUGCGCGGGUACACACCGCGACUUAUCGCGGCGGGUUGGGAGACGUCGUACAUCGUACUCGCUCGUGCAGGGCAGAGCGAUGUGCUCCUGGCCAUGGGGGCGGAUGAUUUCGGUAACCGCGGCGUAGGCGGAAGGGGGAAAGGGAAAGAGAGAGAGGAGCCAUGGCACAUUGUAGAGCUGGAGCGGUUCGUAAACGCUUCGCAAGGCAAGACGAUCCUCACCGUAAAGUCUCUGACGACGGGGCCGCACACCGUUAUUGCUCAAAUCCUGGUCUCAUCCCGGGAUAACGAUUGUCAGGCGCAAGAACUGAUGUUCGGCUGGGGUGCCUCGCGACACGGGCAGCUGGGCGGGGCCGAGCAUAAGCCACCGUCGUUCUACGCCUCUCCUCAUCCUGUCGUCCUUCCUGAAGGUGCUCAGGAACGCGGGAAAGUAGCCGCCUGCGCACUCGGGACGCAGCACACGGUUUUCCUGCACGGGUCCGGACGCCUCUCAGGCAUAGGUUCUAAUCGCAAGGCCCAGCUGCGCGGGAUUGGGACGCUGGAAGGAGUCACUGCCAUCGGGUGCACAUGGAACGGCACAUAUGCUGUAAUGCAUGACGGCUCCUUCGUGGCGACUGGGAGUCAUGUACGGGGCCUAUUAGGUGCAGGCGAGGAGGGCGUGUCAGCGUUGGCCAUGGUGCGAUUCCCGUUCGAGUCGGGCUCGCGUGAACUUCUGAAGAUGGCAUGUGGGAGCGAGCAUGUACUCUGCCUUUUUGCACUGCGUGAUACCGCGACAGAGGUGUGGGGGUGGGGCUGGAAUGAGCACGGCACACUUGGGAUUGGAUCCACGGGGGAUGUCGAAGCGCCUGUGAGGGUAUGGCCGCCCGCUUCCGAGGGUUUGCAUUUAGGUAAGGCGGUAGAUGUAUGGGCUGGCUGCGGGACAAGCUGGAUACUGGUCGAACGAUAG